ACUAUAUAAGCCAAGUAGGCUUUGGUGAUAAUAGACAGUCGAGUUCAUCAAACAACCGAUCACGAAUCACUCACAAUGGCGUUGAAGUUCGCAAUCUUGGCAACCAUCUUGGUUAUCUCGAAGGCAUCAGUCAUCCCAGCUCCAGCAGCAGUGGUAGCUUCACCACUCCUAGGAAGACUAGCUGAUGAUACUUUCGAUCCGAAUCCAUCGUACUCUUUCGCCUAUGAUGUGCAAGAUGCUCUCACAGGAGACUCAAAAGGGCAAGUAGAAAGCAGAGCCAACGGAAUUGUUCAAGGACAAUAUAAUGUAGCUGAACCCGAUGGUACUCGCAGAAUCGUGGACUACACCGCUGAUCCAGUGAAUGGUUUCAACGCCAUUGUAAGAAAGGCUCCCUUGGCAUUAGCAGCAGCUCCGGUUGUAGCACAGGCUGCACCAGUUGUUGCACCGGCACCUGUUGGUGUUAUAGCGGCACGUUCUACUCUGGCUGUCGCUCCUGCCUACACAAGAGUGGGAGCGCCGCUGUCUUAUACUAUCUUUUGAAAUUUUGGUUGUUGCCACCGUUUUGUAAAUAUUUUUAUACGUUUUCAAUAAAUCAAUGAACAUUC